AUGAGUUGCAUAAUGCCGAAGAGACGUCUGGAACCAUUGCCAUCGCAUAACUGGUCCACGUUUUGCGGCAAAAGUGUUGGCGAUUUCAACGAUAAUCACCGCAAAGACGGCGCCGUCGACAAGGAGAAGGAACCGUGCGAUCCGUUGGGCGCGCAGACAGUGCCCGACGACGACAGGCAUCGCGACGACAGCCGCUGUCCCGCAGAUAACAGCCAUACCAUCGACGGCGAGCACCCGUCGGCCGCUGUGGCCGAACCGCCGUCGAAUCGCAUAUCGAAACCAAUACAACGAUCGCUGGAAAGCGCGUCCGUCGCCGCCACUUCGCCCACCAUUUCUGUCCACAAGAAAAUCGUUAAACACAAUUUGUUGCAAAACAAUGCCAUCGCAUGCGAGUUGGAUAAGAGCGCUGUCAACAGAUCAGCCAAAGCCGAUGAAUCCGCUCCGAAGAGUUCCUCCAAAGGCGGCAAAUCGUCGCAAAAGCUUAAGAUGCGGACCAAUGAGGACACAAAGUGUUUCUUUGAGGCCAUUUGCGAACACGGGAAAGACUUUCCGCGCAUUGAAUCGUAUAUGGCUCAGAGGUGUGAGAAGAAAGGCAUACCUCAGGAUCAGAUCAAGAACUACGAACAGGUCCGCCAUUAUUACUACCGAAUGUGGCAUAAAAUCGCUAACUCUAUAGCGCCCAAAGAAGUUGUGGACAAAAAUAUUCAAGAGAUUUACGGACUCAUCAAUUAUGGCGAGAUAUGGAAAAAAUUUGGCACAAAAUUUGAUAAUAAUUUAAGCAUUUCUUUACAACAAUUGGUUAAUUUUGGCCACACGACAUUCAAAGUAAAAAAGGGAAGAAUUCGCGUAAAAACUCCCAUUUUCGCCGACAACAUUGACCAGAAUCUACUGAAUCUGCCGAAAGAGGUGUGCAUUGAAUUACACUCGGCAAACAACGAAUCGUGGCGUCGCCUGCAGUCACUUUCGCAAUAUAACAAAGGGCGGACAACAAUUUUUGAUAGGGCAACUCAUCCAUCAUAUAUAACCAAUGAUAUUGUUGUAGGAGCCGUAUGGCCGCCGAGUUUUAUAGACGACCGGCUCUGCUUUUCAGCCGUUGAUGAGCGGCCGGCCUUCAGGGACUCGUUGGCCAUCCAGCUCCUGCCGGCGGACGUGCCGAACCCCAUCCGUUAA